GAGAGCGCCGGGAGGAGCCGAGGGGAGCGCAGCGGUGCAUAGCGUAAUGUCCAUGUUGUUCUACACUCUGAUCACAGCGCUUCUGAUUGGCAUCCAGGCAGAACCACUGGCAGAGAGCAAUGUCCCAGCAGGACACACUAUUCCCCAAGCCCACUGGACCAAGCUUCAGCAUUCCCUUGACACAGCCCUCCGCAGAGUCCACAAUGCCCCAGCAGGGGCGAUAGCCGCCCGGGUAUCUGGACAGAGCAGCAACAUCACCGUGGACCCCAAACUCUUCAAAAAGCGCAGACUGCAUUCUCCUCGUGUGCUGUUCAGCACCCAGCCACCCCCACUGUCUGCCGACUCUCAGGAUCUGGACUUAGAGGCUGGCAGCACCUCCCCUUUCAACAGGACUCACAGGAGCAAGAGGUCGUCCCACCCCAUCCACCAGCGGGGCGAGUUCUCUGUGUGCGAUAGUGUCAGCGUGUGGGUCGGAGACAAGACCACAGCCACAGACAUUAAGGGCAAGGAGGUGAUGGUGUUGGGGGAGGUGAACAUCAACAACAGUGUCUUCAAACAGUACUUUUUUGAGACCAAGUGCCAAGUGCCCAAUCCUUCAGACAGCGGGUGCAGGGGCAUCGACUCCAAGCACUGGAAUUCCUAUUGCACCACCACACACACCUUCGUCAGGGCUCUGACCAUGGACGACAAGCAGGCGGCCUGGCGGUUCAUCCGGAUCGACACAGCCUGUUGGUUCUCAGGACUUCUGGCUCUGCACUCAAGGAUCACUCCUGGAAAUGAUGUGGGGGAUUGAAUCUGGGUCGACCAUAUUCAAAGCAAGAGUUUGCCAAUGUACUAUCUUUCCAGCCCCAGGAAUCAUCUGAUUUAUCUCAAUUACUCCAGCUUCCCACAUAGAACUUGGUUCAACUCUAGGCACUCCAGUAAGGUUUUCUGAACACAGGAUUGGUAAGAUGAUGUAAUCAUCCACAUUGUCAAGCUGCCUUGACCUAUAUAUUCCAAAGGGAAUUCUACCUGGUCAUCAGAUUUCUUCUCAGAGAGACCCUCCUUUACAGUGGAAAUAUCUGAAGAUUUCAUGAUCCUUGAGAUGUCAACUUCCAAACUCAAUAGAAGAAUGGUAUCAAAAGAAAAAGCUCAUCAACACCCAUAUGGACACUGGUUAACCUCUUCUGCCCCUUCUUUGUGCUAUCCAUUUCAAUUCUAGGAAGCUAUGUGAGCAGGAAACACAGGCUCACAUGAAGCCUUCCCUAUAAGUUGUCUUAUAAAACUUUUUAUGAUAAUCUAGAGUUUCAUCAGAAAAAUAUAAACUUACAAAUUCAUAUUGUGUUAUUUUAAAGUAUUUUGUUCUGCGUAGCAUCUAUAAGCAAGAAAGUGUUUGGGACUGAUCAUCCUUCCACAUAAGGGAGGGGAGGUACCUGGACUCACAGUGGAGACAAUUCAUCUCCCACCAACUGCCAAGAAAAAAAAGUGGGCACCCAACAGGCCAGUUGCUGGAGGCUUUAAAGCAUAGGAAAUCUAGCAGUACCCCUCCAAACAGAGCAGGAGUGGGUUCAGAACGAUCACCAUGCCUCCAACAGCUGUGUCUGCAGAGAGACAAGGACUUGAAACUGCAGUUUGUAUUUUCAGACAUGAGAUUAAAGAUGGAAACCAGGUCCUUGGCACACAAG